GUAUUCCCCCUCGAUUUUCCCGUUCUGUGAUUGGCUUAUGACUGACUUAAUUUGUGACGUAGAUUGUGAUCCACCAAUACCGUGCACUUUGAACAUGUUAUAUAUUUCAAAAUUGUUAAGAUCAUAGAAGGCGCAGUAGAAAAAAAAGUUUUGUUUCGCAAACAUCAUUAGCGUUAAUCGAAAUUGCAACUUAUUCAGCUCUUCCUUCCUUCGCAACCAUCCGUGAGUACGCGCACGUAUAAAAUCCUAACGUCUAUCUUCGAGUCGAACAGAGUGCAGUGAAAAAUUGUCAAAUUUUAAAGGUUAUCAUCAACGCUCAAUUGUUCCCCCCAAAACCUGCUUUCUGCGUGCAUAGAAUUUCGUGUAACCUGUUGUUCCUCUGUUUACUACUAAAAAACCACUCUGCUGAUCACACAUUUUUAUUAAAUAAGACGACGCACUUCUUUGUUGGAACUCUCAUAACCUCCAGAGCAAAAUGAAUUCUGAAGCAUACCAAGAGGGCUAUGUUACUUGUCCGUAUAAUCCUUCGCACCGUCUGCUGAAACAUCGCUUUAUUACUCACUUGGUAAAAUGUCGUCGCAAUCAUCCGGAUUCUCCAUCUGCGGUGUGUGCAUUCAAUUCAAGUCAUAUUGUUCCUGCACCCGAAUUGAAAUAUCACAUGGACAAUUGCCCUGACCGUCAUCAAAUUGAUCGCGUUGUUACCGAAGCUGAAGGCAACACUCAUAGAAUUGAGAUUAACUUUGCAGAUGAUAGUUCUUGGGACAAUGGAGAAAACUGGGAUCAAGAGAAUACACCAUGUUACAACCCUGCGGAAUACUGCGAGAAUAAAAUGAUUCUGCGUCGUUUGGAUAUUGCUUCGAAAGCACAGCGUCGUGAUUGGCACCAGGCUGAACGCCGCCGCUUCCAAGAGAUCGAUUCGUCUCAACCUGCAGCGACCCAACGAGCCGAGAAUAUUCGGUCAAAGCCUCAAGUUGCACAAGUGCGGCAACCAAAAGAGGAAAUGCCUGCGGUGAUUACGUCGCAAAUGAGAGCGUUGACCACUUCUGCUCAAACAGACGCCACGCUUACAGCACCUCCGUUGUCGGAGAUUUUAACAUCUGCUCGUGCUCCAGGUGAACCAAAGAACAACGAAGAAAAGUGGGAACAUGUACGAGUGCGUGGACGGGGCCGUGGUGUAAGAAAAAACAAAAAUUAACCUUGUUUUGAACCAGAUUUUUAUUUUUUUAAUUGAAAUUUUAAGUUACCAAUUAAUUGAUAUUUGAGGAGACAUAACUUGAAUUUUUUAUGCAUUUUAUUCAUUGAGAAGGAAAUUUACACUUGAUAAAUUUCAUAGAGUAUAUUUUUAUGAAUAUAGUCAUUAUAUUAAUCGAAGAAGACGCUACCACGGAAUAAAUUAUACGUGCCUUAUUCUAUAUAA